CGAUUAAGCUUAAUUCUACACGGGGGUCCCCUUCACACUCUCCUUGUUAGUAUCGCCCCCCCAACCCCGUCUCUUCGAACAAUACCACAACCGUAGCUAACAAUAUUCAUUGACGAUCUCCACGAUGACCCUUCUUUUCUCUCUCAUUCGUUAGCAACCCUCUAUUUCCUUUCCUUCAUUCGCUCCCUUUUUUCGGAUUUCCCCAUUUAUCUUCCAAUCCGUAUCCACGCACGCUUCUGCAACUUCUCUUAUUUUCAGGCUUCAGAAGUGGAGGUUUGGGUGAUCUGAUUUAAGAAUCCUGGUGUGGAAUCACCGCAAGUUGCCACUGGAUACGGAGGAUGGCUUCUGCAUCUCACUGUGCAGUAGCAUUCGCUGGAACUUCAGCUUCUGAUCUUCUCCGAAGUUCGGCUAAUGGUGUUAGUGGUGUCCCUUUGAGAACUUUAGGAAGGGCCCGAUUAGGUCUGAAAAGAAGGGAGUUUACAGUUGCCGCCAAGCUUAGGAAGGUGAAGAAGCAUGAAUAUCCCUGGACUAAGGACCCUGACCCCAAUGUGAAAGGUGGAGUGCUAAGUCAUCUCUCGUAUUUCAAGCCGCUGAAAGAGAAACAAAAGCCAGUCACUUUGGAUUUUGAGAAGCCGCUUGUUGGCCUGGAAAAGAAGAUUAUUGAUGUGCGCAAGAUGGCAUCUGAAACUGGUCUGGACUUCAGCGAUCAGAUUAUCUCAUUAGAGACCAAAUAUCAGCAGGCUUUAAAGGAUUUAUAUACACAUCUGACUCCUAUACAGCGUGUCAGCAUCGCACGGCAUCCUAACAGGCCUACUUUCCUUGAUCAUGUUUUUAACAUGACUGAAAAGUUUGUGGAACUCCAUGGUGAUCGGGCAGGUUAUGAUGACCCAGCUAUUGUUACUGGUAUAGGGACCAUAGAUGGUAGAAGAUAUAUGUUCAUGGGUCACCAGAAGGGUCGAAAUACUAAAGAAAACAUACAGCGUAACUUCGGGAUGCCAACUCCUCAUGGUUACAGGAAGGCUCUCCGCAUGAUGCGUUAUGCAGAUCAUCAUGGGUUCCCCAUAAUCACUUUCAUUGAUACACCUGGGGCAUAUGCUGACCUUAAAUCAGAGGAACUAGGCCAAGGUGAAGCCAUUGCCCACAAUUUGAGGACCAUGUUUGGUCUGAAGGUGCCAAUUGUGUCUAUAGUUAUUGGAGAGGGAGGUUCUGGUGGUGCGCUUGCCAUUGGCUGUGCCAAUAAAUUACUAAUGCUUGAAAAUGCAGUUUUCUAUGUGGCCAGUCCAGAGGCAUGUGCAGCAAUUUUGUGGAAGAGUGCUAAAGCUUCUCCAAAGGCUGCUGAAAGGCUCAGGAUUACAGCGCCUGAGUUGUGCAAAUUGCAAGUUGCAGAUGGUAUUAUUCCGGAACCACUUGGUGGUGCACAUGCAGAUCCAUCUUGGGUGUCACAGCAGAUAAAAGUUGCAAUCAAUGAAGCCAUGGAUGAACUUACUCAGAUGAAAACCGAGGAUCUACUAAAACAUCGCAUGCUUAAGUUCCGGGAAAUUGGUACAUUCCAUGAAGGAAUUCCUGUUGAUCCUCAGAGGAAGACCAACAUGAAGAGGAAGGAGACACCUGUUGCUAAGAAGAUUCCAGAUGCUGAAUUAGAGGGUGAUGUUGAGAAACUGAAGCAGCAAAUUUUGAAAGCCCAGGAAUCCUCCGCCAAGCUUCCAGAAUUAGAUCUGGAUGAGAUAAUCCAGAAGCUGAAAAAGGAGGUUGAUCGAGAGUACUCUGAGGCAGUGAAAGCCAUGGGCUUGACAGACAAGUUGGCAAAGCUACGGGAGGAAGUUUCAAAAGCAAAUUCGGAGGACCGACUUAUUCAUCCAGUGGUGAAGGAUAAGAUUGAAAAGCUACAGGAGGAGUUCAACCGGGGUCUGUCAGAAGCUCCCAAUUAUGGAAAGCUGAAGGAAAUGCUUGACACUUUAAAAGAAUUUUCUAAAGCAAAGGUUUGGUCAGAUAGGAAUAAGAAGGCUGCCAUGUUAAAGGAAGAAUUCAAGGCAAAAUUCGAAGAAGUGAUUAAUAGCCCUAGUAUAAAGGAAAAAUAUGAGUUAGUGAAGGCAGAAAUUGAAGGUUCUGGUGUAUCCUCACCAAGUGAUUUUGAUGUUGAAUUGAAGAAGAAAGUCAUAGAGUUUAAGAAAGAGGUAGUGCUGAAGCUAAUUAAUGCCCUGAAGUCAAAGGGAUUAGAAGUUGAUGUUGUAAAAGCAAAGACACGAAGCAGCAUUGAAGAGUCCUCAGUGGCAGAGUUUGAAUCAGAUAUAGAAGAAUUGAACAAUGAUAUCAACAAGGGAAUUGAAAUUGCCCUAAACUCAUCAGACCUCAAGAGCAAGAUAGAGUUAUUGAAAAUAGAGGUUGCCAAGGCAGGACACUCGCCUGAUUUGGCAUCAAAAAAUAAAAUUGCUGCAUUGGAGCAACAAAUUAAGAAGAGCCUUGCAGAGGCCAUUGAUUCUUCAGGCUUAAAGGACAAGUAUGAGAAUCUGACGUCUAAGAUUUCCAGGGAGGGUGAAUUUUCUGGAGAAUCAGAUAAAAGUUUAACAAGUGAAGAUCCAGGUGAAGGCGUUCUGACAAAUGAUCAGUUAAGAAGGGAGGUUGGGGCAAAUCGCACCUUUUCUUGAUUAGAAACUGCACGAUGGCUUCAUUUUUAGAGCUUCUCAUAUUGGGUUUGCCAUCCAGCAUCAUAGCCAUCUUUGUACAAUACGACUUUUGGGAUUCAAAGGGAUACCAGGGAGAUGCCAUUUGAAUUGUGACUGAUACCUCUGUCCAUCUCCCAAGUUCCAUAGAAGACCAGAUGUGGAAUAAAGUGAGAAUCAUUUUGUACCUUCGGCUCAGACUGCUCUGGUUUACUCUAUAAUGAUUUAAUUCAUCAGUUUCUUUUCCUUUCCUCUUUUUGGUUUUGUUCUAUGCGGUCGCAAUUUAUGUUAUCGUGAAUUCUUUUCCCUCUUAGACAUAGAUAUGGACACUGUAUAGAUUGAUUGAGUUUCAAGGAACUUAAUGACAUGACUUAUGGUAUUAUAUAAUGGCUUAUUUUGCAA